AUGUGGACUUGUGAUUGGGAUGCAUCUUUCCUCACAACCCACCUACUGAAGAUCAUCAUCGAGGAACAGAUGGGCUUCCAUGCUGAGACGAACGGUCCUGGUCCCGGCACUUUGAGUAGCUUCUACGCGCUGCUUGGUUGUAAGGCGCCUGGUAACAGCAGCGACAGGGCAUGUGGUCAACCACUGACUUACAACCACAUUAGUCUCGAGGCAUGGUCGGAAACUUAUCAGAAUGAGUGGAAACUCAUCCAAAGUCAAUAUGUCUCUAUGGCUCCUGUGGAUGUGGGCAGCAUGGGUUACGAUGGCACCUCUUCCGUUUUCAUCCGGAAGACAGUGAAGAACCAUGCUUACUACCAGGAUGGGAUUGUGCUGGACUUUUACCGCGGAUGGAACAUGUCGUGGAGCGAGCCAUCAAGGUACUUCGCUGAGCUGGCUUCUAUAAACCGUAGCCUGAUCGUCCCUUGUGCAGAAACUCGUUCCACGAUGACAGCAGCGAACGAAAAUUAUCUGCGCAUCACAGGUGACGACGCGGGUGUCGAGAGGCUCCCUGAUGGGUCGCUUGCUGCCAUUUGUCCAGACGAUUACUUCUGGCUCUCUCCGACUUGCCGCCAAGAUUCGACUCGGUGUGUGCCUUAUGUCACUGGCGGCUCGGGUUGGGGUAUGGAUGAUUUGAUGCAAAAGGUUACUAGCUAUGACAUGCCUGUCGCCAUCGCGGUUGCGAGAUCGUGGUCGACACUCCCUCGAGACGUCAACGUGUUCUUUUACUGGUGGGUUCCAGAUACCACGUUCUUGGAUCUUGAUCCGGUCGAGAUCGUGUUUCCUCCGUAUGACUUCCGUGCGUACACCAGUGGUGACAAGCGCACUGUGGCUGCAUCGACCGCGGUUACCAAGCUCGUCAGCCAGGACUUGGUCACCUUAGCGCCCUCGGUGGAAGACCUCGUGCGGAAUUUGCGAUUGGGCCGCAACGAUGUCAUGAACAUGCUGAAGGACAUGCAAGACAGCGGGGACUCCUAUGAGACUGUGGCCUGUCACUUGGUCAACGAUGUACAGACUUGA